AUGCGAGUGACCGUUCCUGUGGUCCAUCAAGAAUCAGAAAUCCCUCCCGAAUUCAAACAUGAAGACAAUGAUGAAUAUUGGUGUUUCCUAACAAACUUUGAAUUUAGGGAUUCAAGAACAACUUCAUUGAAGAGUCCCGAAUUUAUUACUGAGAAGGGAGUUUCUCUCAUGUUGACUGGUUAUUUACUAACACCCGAAGAAUAUAAAUCAUCUCCUGAUGAGAAGGGUGAAUAUUUUGUCAAGAUUGUUAAUUUAAGACAAUGGGCUUUUGACCAUGAGGAUGAAACGAGAGGAAUUUGGGUCGAAUCUAAGAGACAUUGGUUUAAAUUGAUAAAGCCAACAAGGGAAUUUAAAGUAAUUUAUGAAUCGUUUGAGAAGAAGAGUAAUAUUUGGUUGGAUUUACGACCUGUAUUGACGAGAUGGAUUAAAAAGUUUGAUAAAUGUUCGGAUGAAGAUGUGAAAGCAGUGAUAAAUGAUUUAACAAUGGAAUAUGUGAUGAAAUCCAUGAAAGUGAAAGGACAUAGUGAGGAGGAGCUUAUUGAAAAUGCAUUCUUUAUUCAUGAUAAGGCAGUUCAAGAUUUUGAUACCUUUUCAUUUGAGGACUCGUCAGAAAAUCAACUUCUUAGAACACCUUUUAUGAAGGAUUUGUUGGAAUUGUCUUCUGAAAAGUCUAAAAUUCCCAUUAUUGCUAAAUCUCACUCAGUUGAUAAAAAGGGGAAAGAAAAACAGGUUGUGACUGAAGAGGAUUUUUCCUCUGAUGAUGAGGAUAUGGAUGUAAAGAUUGUUAUAGACGAUUGUUCCUCUUCAGAGGAUGAUGAUGAUGAGGAGUACUUUGUCACAGUUAAAGCUGGCCUUGAGGAUGAACAUAGUAAGGAUGAACAUGAUGAUGAUGAUGACGACUAUGAGGAAACGUUAAAGAAAAAGAGAACGAGUUCACAAGCAGCUAAAAGAAAUACACCAGAAAAGAAGAGGCCAUAUGCUCGUAGAACCUCUAAAAAGAGAACACCAACAAAGAAUGUUGACAACUCUGAGAAUCAAAAAGAGAUUGAAAAAGUCACACCUAAAAAGAGAAAAGAAUCGACAAUUAGUAGAGAAACUAAUGAUGACGAUGAGGAUUUCAAUGAAAGUGAGGAAGAAUACAGUUCUGAAAAUGGAAAAACCAAACAAAAACGAAGGAAAUUCGAAAAACCAAGAAAGGCUACUGUUUGUUAUUUCCGUGAAUAUACUUCACAACCUGGUGUUCCAACUAUGGAGGAGCUAUUGAAUCAAGAAUUCACACCUCGUCUUAUUACACAACUCAGUACUAAAUAUGAACCAGGUCUUGCGAUUCCAGCAUGCAUACCGUGUUCUUUGAAAUCGCAAAAGGUUUGCAAUAGAGAACUUCCUUGCAAUCAUUGUGAGAAUGGUGAAUGUUAUUACUUUACAUCAGAUAAUGGAUUGCUGAUUGGAGAAAUGAAAAUUGCAGCUCUAAAAGAAUUAUAUGCUAAGAUUGAUGAAGAAAAAGCUGCAAAGGAACAAUCCAGUAGUGAUAUUCUUGAUAAUUUGAUAAAGGAAACAGCUCAAACAGCUGAACCUGAAGAGGUUGAGAUAGUUGAGGAACAUAAUGAAGAACUAGAAAGAAAUAGAGAACGAGCAGCUGCUCUUAGAGAAGAAAUCAAGAAAUUGAAAAAGAUUGCCCAACAAGAGACAGCUUUAAAUGAAAGGAAAAAGAAAGAAUUGAAAGAGAUAUUUAAUUCUUUGAGCUCAAAGUAG